CUUUUUCCUUCCAAAAAUCCUCCUCCUUCUACAAGAUUUUAAUACUUUGAAUCUUUUUCUUUUUUACACAACGAUCACAAAUGGAAUUACCAAAACGCGGUCACAGAUUUUUUAAAUUUAGGGGUCAAGUUUCUUGCGAUAUUAUCUGCUUUUAAAUAUUUAAUAGUUUCUUUAUCGCUGAUAUAUCGAUCAUAUAGAACCAGUUAUUUCUUUUAUUUUUUCGCCCUUUUUCGUUUUGUUAUCUUUGCUUAAUAUUAAUUCCAGAUUUAAUGGCUUCAAAAGGACACGUUUCAAGUACCAACGUAGCUGUGAUGGCUUGGAUAAUGCUUAGGAUCGAUUACUCUAUGCUUUCGUGGCUUGUUUUCGGUAUUUUUCCAUAUGAAAAUCAUGAGGGAAGACCUCCGAUCAUCUAGCAUUUAAUCAUCAUCGCUCUUUUACUUGUUUUUUUUUUUCUUUUUUUUUGUUUAUUGCAAGUAUUUUUAUUAUUUCGUUUUUACAUGUUAAGAUAUAGUUUGUAGACCAAGGUUACGUAUAGUACUUUAAACCACCUUCAUUAUAUAUAAAGCAAUUAGCCCUUCAUAAAGCAUUCAUAAGAUACCAUGAACAAAUCUAGACAUAAUGAUUCCAUUCGUGGAGCAAAAUCGCAACUUGGUUAUGCUGAAACGGAUCCAUCAGGCCGAUAUGGACGGUUCAAGGAAAUUCUGGGAAAAGGAGCAUCAAAAACAGUUUACAAGGCAUUUGAUGAGGUGUUAGGAAUUGAAGUGGCAUGGAAUCAGGUGAGACUCAAUGACAUAUUCCGGUCACCAGAAGAACUUCAACGCUUAUAUUCCGAGGUCCAUCUCCUCAAGAACCUCAAUCACACUUCCAUAAUGCGAUUUUACACAACUUGGAUUGAUGCAGAACGGAAGACGUUUAACUUCAUUACAGAAAUGUUCACCGCUGGCAGCCUAAGAGAGUAUAGACAGAAGUACAAGCGAGUUCACAUAAGGGCGGUUAAAGAUUGGGCACGCCAGAUCUUGGAAGGCCUAGAAUAUUUACACAGCCACAACCCUCCGGUCAUCCAUCGAGAUCUAAAGUGUGAUAACAUCUUCAUAAAUGGUCAUCUUGGCCAAGUAAAGAUCGGUGAUCUUGGGUUAGCUGCCACUCUUUGUGAGUCACAGAAUGCACAUAGUGUCAUAGGCACACCUGAAUUUAUGGCACCAGAAAUGUACGAAGAAGAUUACAAUGAGCUUGUGGACAUUUACUCUUUUGGAAUGUGUGUCCUGGAAAUGCUUACCUCUGAAUAUCCAUACGGUGAAUGCUCCAAUCCAGCUCAAAUUUACAAGAAAGUCACUUCGGGAAAGUUGCCAAAAGCAUUCGAUAAGAUUGAAUGUGCUGAAGCUCAACGAUUUGUUGGAAAAUGCCUUGAAAAUGCAUCAAGUAGGCCAUCAGCUAGAGAGCUCUUGAUGGAUCCCUUCUUCCUUAUUGAAGAAAAUGAUAAAGUAAUGCCCAUCACAAAAAUACCGCCCCAAGCUCCUACUUCGCUUAUGAGGAUUCCUGAAAAGGUGCCUUCUUCAUUAGUUCACAAUGUAGUAAAGCAUACUGAUAUGACAAUCACCAGCACCAUGAAUUCAGAAGAUGACUCAAUCAUCCUCAAAGUAAACAUCUCUGACAAAAAUGGUAAAGUAAGGAACAUAUACUUCCCCUUCGAUAUUGAUACAGAUACGGCAUAUGAUGUUGCUAGUGAAAUGGUGAAGGAAUUGGAGAUAAACGAUUGGGAACCAUUUGAUAUUGCUGAGAUGAUUGAUAACGAGAUUUUGCAUUUUAUCCCAACAUGGAAAAAGGGGUCAUCCUUCGCCAUGGAUUCGCUACAAAACCUCAAGUUUCAUAGUUUUUGCUAUGAUGAAGAUGAUGAUGAAAAUAACACUCCCCAUCCUUUCCAUUCUCCCUCCUCAUAUUCAUCAUCUCAAGUUUCUCCCCGGAACUUGUUUUUACCGAACACUAGAGCAGAUGACGAACCACAAAGUAUAACGAUCUCCUCAAGCGUCGACUGGAGACAAGGUCAUGAUAUAAACAAGGAUGAUGACGAUGAUGCAAGUUCUCAGAGCUCAUUAAAUUCUUAUAACUACUCCGACUUCAAUUAUUGCUUAGACCAUGAAGAUGAAUAUCGUUUGAGUUCAUUUAUAAGUCACGACCCACAACAUUUUGAGAAGACUAAGAACUUUACGCGGUUUUGUGGUCAAGACAGAGUAACCACACAAUGCAACAAGCAAAGUGUAGGGCCAGACACAACCCGACACACAAGCAUAAAGAGGGGAGGAUCGGUAGUUGACAUUCGCAGCCAACUGCUACACCGGUCUCUGGUGGAGGAGAUUCAUAAGCGUCGUCUAUUCAAGACUGUAGCUGCCAUUGAGAACAUUGGCUACCAUGAGCCAACUUGGUGAGCUGUAACAGGCAAAGGCUUUUAUAAACGAUGACUUUUAUGUCAUCAAAUGUACUACUACUACUAUUGUACAUACAUAUGAAGAUUUGAAUGUUGAGAGUUGUGAGUUUGAUUAAUUAGUGUGAUAUUUGUAAUGUAUGGUUUGUAAUUUAAUAACCAAUGCAUAAAAAUGGUUUGAAA